AUGAUUCAACAGCUCAAAGCACAACAAAUGGAGAUUUGGCAGAAGAUGAAGAAGUGUCGUCAAGUUGUGAAUUUGCAUUCACCAGUCCCGCCGGUUGAGCCGUCACUUCAUGAAGUAGGACACGUUAAAGCACCUGAUUGGCCGUUUAGAAUAUCGGGUAUAAUGAAACAUUCGAAGAUUGAAACUUCGGCUUCGGAGCGUUCACUUUUGAGU